AUGGAUCGACACAUUGAUCCAGUUGAUAAUAAUGUUUCGAUAGAGUUUAGCGAAGGUGUUGAAGUUUUGAUCGCCUUUGCCUCGAGUCAAAGUUCAUUCAUGGAGCGAAAAACCAUGCUAUGUCCUUGUGUAAGUUGUGGAAACCGAAAACAACGUGAUGUAAGAACCGUAUCUCGCCAUCUUUACCGAGUCGGCUUCAAAAGUAAUUAUUAUGUAUGGUCAAGCCAUGGAGAAACCUACUAUGACGCUGGAGAAUCAUCGACGGGAGGUCAAUUUAUGGGAGAUGAAGCAAGAUAUGCAGACGGGCCAUAUGAAGAGAACAUUCCUGGAGGAGACUUUGGGUCAACUGAAAUACCGGAGAAUUUGAUGGAGGAACCCAAUGAAGAGCAAUAUGAAGAAGGAGUGUUUGAAGCUUUCGAAGCCGCUAAUCAACCAUCAUGUAUGGAUGAGAUAUCACAAACUUUUAGAGAUGUUUUUCCACAACCAAAUAUAGCUCCUGAGUCAUAUUAUGAGAUGAAGAAGCUGAUGAAGUCGCUUGGUCUCCCUGUCGUGAAGAUUGAUAUUUGUGAGGAUAAUUGCAUGUUAUUUUGGAAAGAAGAUCGCGAGCUGUUGGUGUGUCAGUUUUGUGGAAAAGAUAGAUAUCACCAGAAGAACCAUGGAAAAGGAAAAAGGCGUCCAAAACAGAGAAUGUUCUAUUUGCCUAUUACGGAGAGGUUGAAGCGUUUUUACCAACAAGAGGCUACUGCAUCACAAAUGCGAUGGCACGCAGAACAUGAGUCGCUAGAAGGAGAAAUGCACCACCCUUCUGAUGCAGCAGCGUGGAAGCAUUUUAACAAGGUAUAUCCUGAUUUUGCUGCGGAAAGUCGAAAUGUUUAUCUAGGAUUAGCAACGGAUGGAUUUAAUCCAGUGGGUAUGAGCGGUGAAUCCCACUCGGUUUGGCCCGUCAUCGUAACCCCAUAUAACCUACCUCCUGGUAUGUGUAUGAAAAGAGAAUAUUUCUUUUUAUCAGUACUAGUUCCUGGGCCAAGGCAUCCAAAGAAGAGCAUUGAUAUCUAUCUGCAGCCGUUAAUUGAAGAACUAAAAAGUUUGUGGAGCGAUGGAGUCGAAGCAUAUGAUGUCUCGAAGAAGCAAAAUUUUACGAUGCGAGCCGCACUAAUGUGGACAAUUAAUGACUUUCCCGCUUACGGCAUGAUGUCCGGAUGGAUGACUCAAGGCCGUUUAGCUUGUCCAUAUUGUCUUGAUGAUACAAAGUCUUUUUGGUUGCAACAUGGAAGGAAGCAUAGCUGGUUUGACUGCCAUAGAAUGUUCUUGCCUAGGGAGCAUCCUUACAGAAGAAAUGUCCAAGCUUUUCGAAAGGGGCAGACGGUAACUGAUGAUCCUCCACCAUGGUUGACGGGAGAAGAAAUUCUUCGCGAAAGAAUCAACAACAUCGAAGGACUGAAGAAAACUGUCGAUUGUGGAGGAAAUGGACACGAGAAACCUGCGAGCACUAUAAACGGCUACGGCAAAGACCACAAUUGGGUGAAGAAAAGUAUCUUUUGGGAGUUGCCGUAUUGGGAAAACCUUCUUCUUCGCCACAACCUGGACUUCAUGCACGUUGAGAAAAUUUUCUUUGAUAAUCUUAUCAACACGGUGCUUAAUGUUUCCGGGAAGCCAAAAGAUAAUGCAUAG